AUGUUUAGAAAUCAAAGAUCAAACUUCAAGCGCCUGAUGCACCAACCAUCAUCAAUUUACUUGUACUUCAUUCUAUUACUAUGCAGUUGUGUUGCUUGUAUUUGUGCAUCUUCUGAAAUCUCGGAAGAUGAUCAUCAAACACCUCUCACUCUUCUCAUUUCCAUAGUUUCACCUCCCCUGAUUGGACCCUUUGGUAAUAUCAUUCGAUCACAUGCUAUUGCAGUGGAGGCAAGGAGAAGAGGCAUUCGAGUGGCUUGGAUGAUGGGCAGGAAUUAUCAAAAGGCAGUUCACAAGGUUCUGGAAACAAUGGCCACAAAAAAGACACUUUCAGAUAACGAAAGACAAUUUCAUGAUCAUUCUCGAGAUUUGUUCUAUUAUUUGGAGACUAUUCCAGUGCUUGGAUCGAUUUUGCCUGAAUGGUUGAGUCAUCAAUUGACUUUGAAUGGAACGAGAAAGAUGGACACUGAAAUUCCAAGUUUCAUUCCACAAUUGAUGGGUGAAAGAACAUUUGGCAAUUUCUAUUUAGUUUUAAUGAUGGCAGGUUUUGCAAAUGGUUCCAUUUUAAGAAAAUUACUCAAGGAACAAUUGGAAAUUAUUCAAUUGACUAAACCUUUUGCAAUUGUUAAGGAACUUGAAGUUUCAAGCUCAGUUUCAAGUUAUUUAACUGGAAUUCCAAUUGUAGAGACAAUUUCCACCCCAAUUCUCAAUGGAAGACAUGCAAAUUAUUUUUCCUCUUUUGUAAAUGGUGCAACAUUUGGAGUGUUGAAUGAAUUUUUGGAGGGAAAUGAGAAAUUGUUUCCAACAGUAGCAAGCUAUGAUGAUUUGGCAUUCAGAGCUAGGAAUUUAAAGGUUGCUUAUACUAUCCCUGAAUUGGAAACUCCAUUGGUGAAUGAGAGACCAAAUGUUUCGUAUAUUGGAAUGGCAAAUGUUCCAUUGUUUUUACAAUCGUUUACAACAAUUGAGGAGAAAUUGGAGGCCAUUGAGAGAAGAAAGCAGGAAUUACUCAAAUCUUAUCCAAAUCAAAGAGUUUUAUUCUUUUAUUUUGGAAAGGGAUCCAUUCCAUUCGAAACUGUUGAAAAGGAAAUUCCACAAUUUUGUAAACUUUUGAAUGAAAAUGUGAAAUCUGUGGAUAGUAAGGAAUAUCACUGCUAUAUAGUUGCAGAUAAAGCUAAAGAACCAUACACCAUUGAAAAGUAUUCACAUUUCAAGUCAUGGUUUGAUGGUGAUGACAUGACAUUAAUUAGUGAGCUGACAUUUAAUCAUGGUGGAGCUAAUAGUGUCAUGCAGAGUAUUUAUUAUGGAGUCCCACAAGUAGUGAGUGCAGGAUACAUGUUUGAAAGAGUAUUCAAUGGUUUAUCAACAGAAAUUGGGAAGUGUGGAAUCUUGUUGAAUCCAGACGAAUUUCGUCAUGAGAUAAUCUUUGAGAAACUCUUCUCAGACGACUCUUUUACUUUCAAAAAGCUGAAAGAAGAUUCUAAAAUCAUUCAGAGAAAACUAAUGGAACGUGGAGGUGCCAAUCAAUUAUUCUCAGAUAUUGAAAUUUGGUUGAAUAGAAGUUUGACACCUUCUGCCAAGUGGCAGGAAGAAUCCAGACAACGUGAUCAAUUAAUUUCGAAAGUUUUACUUCCAAACAUCAAUUAUAUCCUUGAAAGAGAUGCUCAUUUGGAAAAAUCAAUUGUUGGUAAAUUGAGUUUGAUUUACAGAGAUGUUGGCUUGGUGAUUCCUUCUAUAAUUUUCACAUUAAUUGUCUUUCCAAUGAUAGUUUCCAUUCACAUGAUCAAAAUUAUUUCAUUCCUUUGCUGUUGCAAAAAGUAA